UGUUGAGCUAUUUGUCGCCUUGUGAGCAUCAUUUUACUUCGCGACAACAAAAGGCGAUUUCCUUGCAAGCUUAGCUUCUCAAGGUGCACGGGCUACCAGCUUCAACUUCAAGACGAGAAAUACUGCAAGCUUAAGAAUAGGAAUGAAGCAGAAAGCGCUCAUAAUUGGGUUGCUUCUGGCCUUUGCAACAUGUUGCGCAGCAGGAGUUGAGGUUGAGCGUAAGGGCUCUAAGAACGGCAAGUCUCCCAAGGUCGCGGAGCCCCCCAAGCCGCCCAAGAGUCCUGAGCACCCGGAGGAGGCUGACGACGAUGAUGAGAGGCCCCGCCCGCCCACGUACCUGCUGCCUCCCCGCCCUAAGGAGAGCCCCAAGCCGCAGGAGAAGGGCGAGAAGAAGGGCCGCAAACUGAGCGAGGGCAAGGGCCCUAAGAACGGCGGCAAGUCUCCCAAGGUCGCGGAGCCCCCCAAGCCGCCCAAGAGUCCUGAGCACCACGAGGAGGAUGACGACGAUGAUGAGAGGCCCCGCCCACCCACGUACCUGCUGCCUCCCCGCCCCAAGGAGAGCCCCAAGCCGCAGGAGAAGGGCGAGAAGAAGGGCCGCAAACUGAUGAACGCCUAGGUAGAGUCAACGCUAAGGAGCCUAACGUUAUGAGCCAUGAACGUAACCGGAGUGUUACAAGAAGCGGGAGAAAUCCCGACUGAUCGUUCCGUACGUACGUCGAUACAUUUACCGUAGGGCUGCUGUGGCCGUUAUGUUUCACCAACCUGACUCCUUGUCGGGUCCUGUUGGGCGUGCGGUGGCUUACAUAUUCUUACAUGCUUGCAUGUCAGCAGUGCGACGGUUUAAUAAUCGUUAAUGGUUGUUACGUAAAUAACCUGUCCAUAAAUUCGACUGAAACCAGGUUUUAGUGUAUGUGCGAUCCCGGAUGGCGUGCGGAAUAGUGGCAGGAAUAGUGAGUAGACAGGCCCAGACUGUAUCCGAUAUGCAUGGUGCGCGCAGUGCUGCAUUUGCGUUUGGCACGCAUACGUGAGUGAAUGGCAAUUAUUUGUCGAAGCAUGUUAUCGGUUUCAGCAUAUAGGCGUUAAAUAGGUUCAAUAUUUCCUGCACGGGUUGCUUAUUGUUGGACGUACGACUGUCCCGCUGUGCAGUCUUCAUCACAGCGCCCUUGUUGCCCGUUGCGAUCCUAGUUAGGCAGCCUUGCAGUGCUAGGCCGUGAACCUUUUUUCUCCCAGCCGGGCCACCGCAAGAUGUUCCUCGGCGGUGUGGCGUUUCGUAGCUCAGCAGCUACCAGGACCCGAAGGCGCCUGUGGCACCGUGCUUGCCAACAUUGUAAC